AUGUCAAUAAUUGAUAUUGAUUAUGCUACUAUAGAGCACAUCGUUCCGUCUCGCGGCAAUGGCCAACACGGAACGAUAACAUUCACGCUCAAGUCUCCACCGAAGUUCUACGACAUUCAAUCGACCAAUGAUCUACACUUGUAUGCCGGUGAGCAAGCACCGAACGACAUCUCUGCCGCAUUGUCGAGACUCGGCAUCAAGCCGCCAAAACCAGUUCUUCGGCUACAAAGAUUAUGCAAGUUGAGUAAAUCCCACGACAUGAACUCCGCUUUGUGUAUGGUCUACAAGAUCGCCUUCUCCGACACCCGAAGCGUUGAUCUUGCUUGGACCUUUGUUAAGCCCUUCUUCGCGGGACCUAACACAAAAUGGAUGAAGACCAUGGAGCCCACCGCUAUGACGGGCAGUAUUGAACACGAGUAUGCAGUCGUCAAUAAGAUGCUUAGCGACUAUGGACCAUCCUUUCCGCAGACCUUCACGUUCAAUAUCCGUUACCAACUGACAGCGCUCAUGCUAGAGGGUACAAUCGCCCCGUGGAAGAUGAAGGAACUGAUACCAGUAGUACAAAAUGCUGCUGAGAAGCAUGGUGCAGAACUCACCGCAAACGCAGUUCGUCUCCUUGGGAAGCGGAUACCAACGCCUACACCGGGGGUUAAGGCGGCAGAUCUUACUUCAUACGCAGUCAGUCGCAGAGGAAAGCGAAUACCAACGCCUGCACCAGCUGUUGAAGCGAAAAGCUUUAUGAUCAAGACCAUUAAGCGCAUUCUUGAUGAAAGCAUCGAAUGUUGUCAACGUCUUGAAGAGCUUUCCCGGACCUGGGACGUCAAACAGAAGAAGCAAAAUCACCUCGCCUUAACAUACAAGGCUACGGUCACACCUACCGGUAUCCUGCUACGCGGCCCUGACUGGGUCGUCUCCAAUCGUAUAUUGAGGAAGUACAAGACCCACACCCAGUUCUUCAUGCGCGUGUUCUUCGCAGACGAGGACGAGCUACCGGUAUUCCAUGACCCACGGGCAUCGCAAGAGAGAGUCUUCGAACGCUUUCGAGGCGUACUUCGAACCGGUAUCACGGUCGCCGGACAUACAUUCCAAUUUCUCGGCUUUUCACAUGCGUCACUCCGUACUCAUGAAGCUUGGUUCAUGGCUCCUUUCAAGAAAGAUGGCAUUAUCGUCUGUGCAAGAGAUGUUGACGGCUGCGGAACCUUGUCGUUAGACCUCUUCCAAAAAGUUUGGAACGCCUUCCAGCCGGACCGUAGAUCACUCAGGCCGACGGUGCUUCAGAUCCGGUUCAGAGGUGCGAAGGGCGUACUAUCACUAGAUACUGCAUUACAAGGUGAGCAACUGCACGCCCGAAAGAGUAUGACCAAAUACGUCGCCAAAGAAGAGUGGAGGGAUUUGGAAAUCUGUGGAGCUGCCUACAAGCCUCUAAGAGUGUAUCUGAACCACCAGUUCAUCAAGAUUCUCGAGGAUUUACGUAUACCUGCGGAAAACUUCAUGGCUGUCCAAGAUGAAGCUGUCACAGAACUGAAACUCAUGACGGAGCAUCCUCUGAACGCAGCCAGCCUUCUCGAAUACUCCCACUCAGGUGAUCUCGCGAGAGUCCCGUCACUGUUUCGGCGAAUGAAUGAGAUGGGUCUAUCAUUCCACGCGGACAGCUUCCUCACCGACAUUGUGGAAGUGGCAGCUAUGUCAAGUCUGAGGGAUAUCAAAUAUCGCGCGCGUAUUCCGAUCAAGAACGGCUACCUCCUUUAUGGCAUCAUGGACGAAUGGAAUGUUCUGAAAGAGGGCGAGGUCUACAUUCCGCUACAAGAUUACGAUACGAACGACAAAUUAAAGAGAACCAUACUCGUUGGCGAGCGAAUAGUCAUCACGAGAGCCCCUGCGCUACACCCAGGCGAUAUUCAGGUCGUUAAAGCAGUCGACGUUCCAGAAGGUUCGCCGCUCAGGGCACUGCACAACUGCGUCGUGUUCUCACAGCAAGGUCCGCGGGAUCUACCUUCGAAGCUAAGUGGCGGUGAUCUUGACGGAGACCUUUUUCACAUCAUCCACGACACUCGAUUGAUUCCGAGAAUCGUUUAUCAACCCGCUGACUAUCCAUCCACGCCGGCAAAGGAUUUGGGGCGGCCGGUAACUGCCGACGAUAUCGUUGACUUCUUUAUCGAAUACAUGAACAUGGAUCGAUUGGGACAGAUUUCGAACAAACACAAGAUUCGCGCUGAUAAGGCUCCUUUUGGCACUCUAGAUGCAGACUGCCUGCUUCUUUCCAAGCUCGCAUCCGAUGCCGUUGACUUUGGCAAAUCUGGGAUUCCUGCCAAAAUGACUCAGAUACCGCCGGGUUCUGAUCACAUCCGCCCUGACUUCAUGGCGCCAGGAUCGAACCUUAUCGUCAACGACUUGGGCGCAGCUGAACUCGAGGAGCUUGAGGGCGACGAGCUCGAUGAAGUGAGUGUGCUAAAUGCUGAGAAACCAAGGAGUUCAUACUACACAAGCACAAAGAUCCUAGGCGUUCUGUAUCGGCGUAUCGACGAAAAGACGUUCUUCGAUAAGAUGAAGAACGCCUACCGAACAUCUCACCAUCGCCGGGGUGAUGAGACGCUGGUGCAGAAACUCAAGCGAUAUGUGAUCCGAGAGACCCGUGGAGUACAAUGGGAACAUCAUUGGGAUUUCGCAGAACAACUCCGUGAAGCGUACGAAGAGAACAUGUUCGAAAUCAUGGACACACAUCGUCCGUCUCGAGGCUCUCGUCUUACUGAGCUCGAGGUGUUUAGCGGUAACAUCCUUGGCAAGAAAGAUCGUGCACCAUCCCGCUACGUCCGCGAAGCCAACCUCGAGGUUCAAGAACGCUUCAAUCGCGAUGUCAGCGACAUGAUCAAGAAUAUAGUAAUGGGUGAUGGAGACUGGGACGGCGAUGCGGAUUCUGAGGCGUUGCCGCGCUCCAUUGCGUGCUUCAUGGUCGCGCUAGAGACGGAUGGUUGGGAGAACUACCGCACAUUGAGGAGCUGGAAGUACGUUGCUGCUGCGGUGUGCUUGGAGCAGUUGUGGAAGUACAACAACGGGUAUUUGCGCCGACUUUGA